AUGGCCGGCGCCGGCUGGUCCUCCCUCCCCGCCGAUCUCCUCAAAGAGGUCUCCGGCCGGCUUUCCUCCGACGCCGACCACCUCCACAUCCACCAGAUAAAAGGAGAAAUAGGGCGGAAGACUCUCUUCUGGCGCCCUGGAGAUGCCACCUGGACCAUGAUGAACGAGCGAGGCACAUGCGAGAUCGACACCGUCGCGUUCCAUGGAGGGAAAGCAUACUACAUCGAUAUCCAGCAGAACAUUGUUAUCUGCGAUCUCAACACCGGAUCUGAUCCUUCUCCCAGGUGCGCUCCAAUCUUCUUCGCUUGCUCCGUAGUGAACAAGCUCUGCAGGUGUCCCAGGCUUCACCCCGUGUGUGGGGUCCACCUGGCCGUGUGCAAUGGCGAGCUGCUGCUUGUGGUGUUGUACUACUGGGGAAGCCAUCCGUCGCCAGCUGAAGCCUACAAACCAGUUUGGACGCCUAACCAGCGCUUGGAGCUCCAUGAGAGGGUGAGAGACCUUGGUGACCACUCACUGUUUGUGGGCAGAGGCGACACCUUUGCCCUCUCUGCAAAGGAGUUUCCUGUGAUCAAGAGGAAUUGCAUCUACUAUGCGGGUAUAGCUUGCAACAAACCAUAUUGGGUAUCUGUGUUCCAUUUGGAAUCUGAUGUUGUGGAAGAAAUUCCGUACAUGGAGAAGCUCAAGGAAGGCAGAACCAACCGGACGCCAUAUGCCUGGUUUCGUCCUAGAAAACCCUUCCUUAAGCAGUCUUGA